AUGCGAAACUCUCCGUAUAAUGCGAUUGCAAAGUGGCAAGCAGAGAAACUCAAGCCCGUACAGCGUCAGCUAGCACCACGCAGCUACCGAGAUACCUUUGAAUUCAUUGACGACAUCAAAGACCUUACCGUCAAUGGCAUGGUGAUGUUCUCGCUAGACGUCUCAUCACUUUUUACAAACGUUCCGGUCACCGAGACAGUUGAUUACAUCUGUGAUUUUCUAUCCGCCAGUCAGCAGGAAAUAGGAUUCCCGACGAAGGCACUCACGGAACUGUUACUAAAAUGCACAUUAAAUGUGCAGUUCCUGUUCGACAACCAACUCUAUAGACAAGUAGACGGCGUUGCUAUGGGCCCACCCCUUGGACCUCUCCUAGCAGAUGUCUUCAUGGGCAAAUUAGAGCGAUUCCAACUAAGUGAUCAGAUCGAUAAGCUUAAACAUUACGGUCGCUGCGUUGAUGAUAUAUUUGCAGUUGCCACUGCAGAAACCGACGUAGCUACCCUCUUAGAUGCGGCAAAUCAGGCACAUCCGUCGAUCAAAUUCACGCUGGAGAUCGAAACGGCCGGUUCGCUCCCUUUCUUAGAUGUUCUUCUAAGCAGGAGACCUGACGGCAGUGUCCGAAGAAGCGUCUAUCGGAAGAAAACCUGGUCUGGACAAUACACGAACUUUGCCAGUUUCGUACCCCUCCAACAAAAACGAAAUCUAGUCCGAUGUCUGGCACAAAGAGCAAGAAAAAUUUGCUCAACAGAUAGCAUCGAGGAGGAGCUCAGAAAAAUCCAGGACUUCCUUCGAGAAAACGGGUAUCCUGACAGGUUCAUUGCAAAGAACAUUGUCGAAAGACCGGUUAAACCCGCCACACCGACCGCUGAAAAGAAAACUUUGUUCCUCAAAGUCCCUUUCCAAGGGGACGCGACGAGUGAACUCCUAAGGAGACGCCUUGAUCAAGCUAUCUCGCGAACCUUCCCAGCAGCAAGGGUUCAAAUAUCAUUCUCUACUAACCCUAUUUUACGCGGAGAAGGUAAGGAUAAGUUGCCACCGCAGACCACCUCAAUGUGCAUAUAUUCCUUCACUUGCUCCUGUGGAGCAGGUUAUAUUGGUCGCACGAGUCGGCGCUUAUCCAAAAGAAUACGCGAACACCUCCCGGCAUGGCUAGGAAAAGGCGAAACGAGGAGUAUAAGCAGCGCCAUUCUCGCGCAUGUUGUCGAUUCCGGACAUCGUGUGGACCCCAACGAAGCUUUUCGUGUGAUUUAUAAGGUCCCAUCGAGCUACCCUAAGCUACUAGGCCAGCGCCUGUUAGCGACAGCGGAAGCGGCCGCCAUUAGGUUAUGAAAGCCAAUCUUAUGCGCAAAGAACCACGUUCAGGCUCCGCGCCUACAGUGGUCGACGGCUGACUAACGGUGCAACUCCCCCCGCGCACUUGCGCUCUCACCCCGCCCCUGACAAUGACUAUUAUUACCCCCACCCCCUCCCCCACAGUCCCCCACCCCGCCUUUGUUUAAGGAGUACUUUUAUCGACUUCUCUUAUCGCUUGCAUGUUUUACUUCUACCCCGUUCCUAUAUAACUGUAGUUCUCGUUUGCAUUUAUUAAAAUGUUAAUGAAACUAAAUACCUUUUAACGGUACAUUUUACGGGCAAUUUAACAAUCAGAAUUACCACGUAGAAUUAUUUCAAAAACACAAACUUCAUGGAGGUUUCUUUACUCCCCAAAGACCAAAUUAUCACUUUCCAUUGGGUUGCAGGGCGACAUACUAACAGCACAAGUACUAACUAAAAUCCCAGACACGUGUUUUGACGAUAUUCUGUCGUUGCGUGGUGCAUCUGCGAGGGAUUCGGCUCAUCAGUGGAUGCUCUACCCCAACAUUCCCCGUUCCCUGCAACCCACACUAUACUACUAGCUGCCUGUCGGCAGUUAAUGAAUAUUACGCGGUUAUCCCGGUGUGACUAAUGAACAUCGGCCCAAGUAUUCAUACAUUAAAUUUCGGUCUGCGCCUAUAAUCCUUAUUUCCAGCCGAUCUACUCCGAGUUGGCAGUUAGUUUCUGAAGCAACAACAGUAUCGAUUUUCAUCAAGCUGGCAGUGGGCAGUGAGGUGCACUCAUUCCCCUCUGCUCAUUCAACCACAGGUUUGGAAUCGUUGACGGACCCGAGGCGUGACAGAAACGCGGCACGCGGGCAUUGAGAUCGGGACGCCAGUAGAACCAAAUCUUCCAGCUUCUCCUCAGUUUUCUGCGUUGGACUAUUACCUACUACUGUCAUGUAGCCUACCGGAUCCCCGAGCGCUGUUUCACUACCAUCCAAAGGCCACCCUACGCGCCGGGAACCAGACCAAUCACCUUAGCCUACUCCUGCCCAACAUUCGCCCAGCUGUCAAAUAAGACAUGUUUUCCACGAAUUUAACUGGCUUUCGAUACCACCUUUAGGCUUUCAGUGUGCGAUGCCGACGAAAAUCUCACUGACUUCCUGCGCACACCCCCCUCCCUUAACUGUUCCUCCCCAGCUGUCUGUCUUUGCGUCCCGUUUCAAAAAACCUUGAAGACCUGAAGUCAUCUCCUCCUCUAUUCUGAUCGAGCGCAAGGAAGACUCUGACCUCCGCCACAGUGACACCUUCCAGGUGACCUGGCAAUGGUCCUAGAUGUUCUUCGUCUAACACAGUGGCAGGCAUGUCGUCAGGGUCAAAGGCUCUCCGGCUGCCGUCCACGAUACCUCCAGAUGUGCUCCGUCCUCCUUGUUUCUUCCGCCUCUCCUGUACCUGGCUACUAUCAUGCUUGA